AUGACGUACCUGAACCAGGUCAUCCUAGAGAGCAUCAGACUCCAUGGAAGUAUCUCAGCAAUUAUGAGAAAGGCAACAAAGGAUACAAAAUUGCCUGGAUGCACACUGCCGGCCGGAAGUCGCAUAGUAAUAGCGCUCCAAACAAUGGGUUACGAUAAAGAACACUUCCCAAAUCCGAGACAGUUUCUGCCUGAACGGUUCUCUCCAGAGAAGCAAAAGGAACGACACAACUACUCUUUCCUGCCGUUCAGCGCUGGUCCUCGGAACUGUAUAGGAAAGUCGUACGCAAUGAUCAUGAUGAAGACAGUCCUGGUCCAUAUCCUGCGCCGUCUGCAGGUUACGUCACAUACUAAUUUGUCAGACAUUAAGUAUGAGCUGAAGGUUGUGAUGCACCACAAGUCUCCACUCCUAGUCACUUUCCAUCCAAGAUAA